AUGGAUGUUACUAAUAGUUGUUCAACACCACAAUCUGAAAGUGGUCCUACUGUGGGAACAAAAACUACUAUAGAUUCCAAAAGAAAGGCAACCAAAAGAAAAGCAAUGAAACCAAGAAGUGAAGUAUGGGAUCAUUUCAUAAAGUUUACUAAUGAUGCAUCAGAGAUAAAAGCCAAAUGCAAAUAUUGUGAUAAAGAAUUUUUUUGUGAUCCAUACAGGAAUGGAACAACAAGUUUGAGAUCUCAUAUUACCUCAUGUAAAAAACACCCUGAUGUUGUUGAAACAAUUCAAGCACAAUUAAGUUUACAAAGUUCAAGAGAGGGUGAGGUGUCUCUAACUUCUUGGAAAUUUGAUCAAGAUGCAUCUAGAAAAGCAUUAGCUAGAAUGAUCAUCAUGGAUGAACUUCCUUUCAAAUUUGUAGAAAGAGAAGGAUUUAAAACAUUUAUGGCUAUGAAAAGAAUUCUCAAUUUUUGUCCAAUUACAAGUCACAAAGGAGAGGCUAUUAGUUUAGCCAUUGAAAAUUGCUUGAGAGGUUGGGGAAUUGAUAGAAUUUUCACAAUUACAGUUGAUAAUGCAAGUUCAAAUGAUGUUGCUAUCAAUAGUUUCAGAAAAAAGAUGACUAAUUGGGAUUCCACUAUUUUGAAGGGAGAAUAUGUUCAUAUGAGAUGUGUAGCUCAUAUAAUCAAUUUGAUUGUUUCUGAUGGUUUAAAAGAUAUAAAUCAAUCUGUGAUGAAGGUUAGGAAUGCAAUUAAAUAUGUUAAGCAAUCCCCCUCUAGAUUAAGCAAGUUCAAAGAAUGUGUUGAGAUUGAAAAAAUUGAAAGCAAGAACUCAUUAUGUUUAGAUGUACCAACUAGAUGGAACUCAACUUUCUUGAUGUUGAAUACAGCUCAAAAAUUUGAAAGAGCUUUUGAUAGGUUUGAUGAACAAGAACCAUGUUUUAAAUUAGAUCUUCAAUAUGUAGAAUGGCAUACCAUUUUGAAUGAGAAUGGAGAGAUGAUAUUUGAUUCAGAUGGUAAACCUAAAAGAGAACUGAAGACUUUUGAUGGGAAGCCAACAAGUAUAGAUUGGGCUAAUGUUAGACAUUUUGCAUCUCUACUGCAAGUUUUUUAUGAGCUAACAUUAAAAGUUUCAGGAUCUUUGUAUGUCACAUCCAAUACUUUUGCACAUGAGAUUAGUUAUAUUUUUACCAUCUUGAAGGAGUGGCAAGAAAGUGAUGACCUUGACGUGUAUUCAAUGGGAAUUAAAAUGAAAAAUAAAUUUGACAAGUAUUGGGGAGAUCCUGAGAAAAUGAAUAAGUUGCUUUAUAUUGCGGUGGUGCUUGAUCCAAGGCAUAAAUUGGAUUUCGUUGAAUUUAUGUUGAUUGAAUUAUAUGGAGAUGAGAAGGGUGAAAGAGUAGGAAAGAUAAUAAAGGACACUUUAUUUGCUUUGUACAAGAAUUAUAAGGAAAAAAUGGAGCCUCAAUGUAAUACUUCAAGAGUUCCAUCUAUUUCAGAAUCAGUUGACAAGGACAAUACUUCAAACAAUAUGAGUGAUUUGAAAAGACAAACAAUUAUAGCCAAGUAUAAGAAACAAAAGUCACAAGUUUUUGGUGAUGGCAAUAUGUCAGAAUUAGACAAGUAUCUGAAUGAAAUAGUUGAAGAGUAUUGUGAUAAUUUUGACAUUUUGGGAUGGUGGAAGCAAAAUUGUCACAGAUUUCCUAUACUUGCUCAAAUUGCUCGUGAUGUAUUAGCCAUUCCGAUAUCAACAGUUGCUUCAGAAUCUGCUUUUAGUACUAGUGGUCGGGUACUUGAUUGCUUUAGGAGUUCAUUGACUCCGAAAGUGGUAGAAAGUCUUAUUUGCACUCAAGAUUGGCUUCGGUUAAAUUUGAAACCACUCAACAUCGAAGAAAUUUUAGAGGAUGUGGAAAAACUUGAAAGUGAAUUCUCAAAAAUUAUAGUGGACUCAUCUUCUUCGACAACACCGGUGAUAAACAAUGUACAUGUUGAUCUUAUGCAAUUUGAUUUAUAUAAUUUUACUGCUAAGGCAGCAUGCUACACAAAGUUAGGUGCUUUGCUUGAAGAUUUUAAAGAUGCCAAGAAGUUAGGUGCUUUGCUUGAAGGUUUUAAAGAUGCCGAGAAGUGCAUGUGCUGGAUCCAUCAUUUUCUAAAGGACAAGGAAAGCAAUAAUGAAGUUUUGAACGAAAGCAUAUUGAGUCCAGUCAUGGUAAUGAUGUUUCUAGAAAUGGUCUUAAUGAUGUUGAUGCCAUUUCUGGAAACAGCAGUGGUGAUGAUCUGA